AUGUUUAACUCAUUUGUAUCAGGUGGUCCAGCUGUAAUUGUUGAUAAUGGAUCAAUAUUCUGCAAAGCAGGCAUAUCUGGACAAAUCGUACCCUGACAUGUUCUCAGAUCUAUCAUGAGUCAUACUAAAUUCACUCUGCCUUCAACAGAAGUAACUCAUCACUAUGUUAUGGGGUGGGGAGAAGCUUUAUACAAGCAUGAAACCUUUCAACUGCACUAUACUAUUGAGUAUGGACUGGUAGCAGGAUGGGAUGACAUGGAAAAGGUUUGGAAAUUCCUUUUUGAGUCUGAGAUUGGAGUUAAACCAUUUGGAAAUCCUGUGCUCAUGAUUAAGUCCUCCUUGAACCUCCUUGAACCUAAGGCCAAUAGAGAUAAGAUGGUAGAAAUGAUGUUUGAGAACUUUAAUGUGCCUGCCUUCUACCUAUCCAACCAUGCAGUGGUAGCACUAUAUGCCUCUGCUUUUGUCACUGGCAUGGUGAUAGACAGUAGUGAUGGGGUCACUUAUACUGUCCCUGUUUUUGAGGAUUACUCUCUACCUCAUACUGUCAGCAAGCUCUAUUUGGCAGGUAAGAACAUCACAGAGCAUCUCAUCUAACUUAUAAUGAAAGGAACUCCCUUCACUUACAUUCUUGACAAGGUUUUAGCAGAGAACAUCAAAGAGAAGUUAUGUUAUGGCCUGGAACCAGAUAAAGAGAGGUUCAAAAGGCCAGAGGAGGUACUAAAAUAGUAUAGAAUGCCAGAUAGGAAUGCCAUUCGUAUUGGGAAACAGCUGUACCAGGUGCCUGAAGUUCUUUUCAUGCCUGACCAUCUGGACUCUCCACAACUCAUGACUCUCAAAAAUGUUUUUAUCAUUAUGAAGUGUGACACUGAUAUCCAGAAGAACCUUUCUGCAGAAAUUGUGCUUUCUGUGGGGACCACUCUCUUCACCCUUGGAAUUUUCUUUUUAAACAAAAUUAUACUUUCAGAAGUAUCACCUUGUUAA